AUGGAUCACGUUACGUUACGUUACGAUUCAUCUCUCUCUAUAAAUUCGACCCCCUUUGUUGAUAGAUCAUACAGAGAACAACAAAGAAAUAAACCAAAGAAGAAGAAGGAGGUGAAGAAGAAGAAUAUUCAAAUGGCACCAAGAAGUUCUUUGAUCCGCUUCGCCUUCGUCUGCAUUGUCUUGGCUGUGAUGGUCAUGACUGCAGAAUCGCAUAACGGAACCCACCAUGGUCCGGCUAUGGCUCCAAUGCCACCCAAGGCUCAUGCUCCGUCUCCAAGUGCUGCCACUUUCUCCGCCUACCCUCAGCUCGUCGCCACCGCAUUAUUCGGUGCUUUGUCUUUCGUCUUCUGAGAUGUGUUUCCAUUCAUCUUCAGAUGUUUGUGUCUCUCUGAGUUUUUUAUUUUUAUUUUUCUCAUGUCUUCCUUGUUUCUUUCUGUUUCUUCAAAGAUUGUGAUGUUCUGUUCCUAUCAUAAUAAUGUCGUCUAUUGGUGUUUUAAUCGUUUUUAAUUUUUCCUCUUUUUCGAACCAAAUCUUCUAAUCAAGGCAUUAUAAUGUAAUGGCCCGUUUGAUCAAAGUUGGACUUUCUUUUUAAAAUCAA